AUGGCUAGUGCUAGUCUUGUUCCAUUAAUAUUACUGAUUCUGGUGCAAUUAGCUUAUGCAUGGAUGAAUAUUACCUCAAAACUUUCUAUUCUAGGUGGCAUGAACCCUCUUAUCCUUGUUGCAUACCGUCAAAUCUUUGGAGCUGUUUCCAUUGCUCCCUUUGCUUAUUGGAUUGAACGUGAUAAAGUUCCAAGGAUGACAAAACGCAUUAUGGUUCAGAUACUGUUAUCUUCCUUAACAGGAGUAACAGGAAGUCAGAUUCUGUAUUUCAUAGGGCUAAAAUAUUCAACCCCGAUAAUCGCAUGUGCGCUCACCAAUUUGGACACAGCUUUUACCUUUGUUCUUGCAAUUCUCUUCAGACAAGAGAAUUUGGGAAUAAAGAAGAAGAGUGGCGUAGCAAAGGUGGUAGGGACAGUUCUAUGUAUUGGUGGAGCGGUAGUUUUAUCAUUUUAUCACGCAAAAGUAAUUGAUGUACCUGAAUCAAGGGUUCAUUGGAGUUAUGCAGAGAAACUUGAACAUGGUCAUCUUAACUUCUCUGCUGCCCAAUCAACCUCACUUCUAGGCCCUGUGCUCUUAAUUCUUAAUGCUCUUGUUUGGUCACUAUGGUUUAUCAUUCAAGCAGAUAUGAGCAAGAAUUUUCCAGUACCUUAUACAAGCACAGCAUACAUGUGUAUCUUGGGAAGUAUUCAGUGUGUGUUCAUUGCCUUAUGUUUUGAUCAUAGUGUCUCAGCUUGGUCACUGCAUGAUGCUAUGAGACUUGCCUCUUCUCUUCAUUCGGGAGUAAUUUGCACUGGAAUAUCGUUUCCUAUAAUUUCAUGGACCAUUGGGAGAAAAGGUCCUCUUUAUGUGUCUGUAUUUACUCCCUUGCAGCUUAUCCUCACAGCUUUUAUUAGCUGGGCUUUUAUUCAGGAGAAAUUAUACGUUGGAACUGCAAUAGGGUCUCUGUUGAUUGUUGGUGGGUUAUAUGCUUUUCUGUGGGGAAAGAGCAAAGAGGUGGAUAACAACAAAGUAGAUCAUGAUGAAGCUAUAGUGAUGACAUUGCCACCACCAAUUAAGAAGGAUGAGGUGAAUAAGAAUGACAUGGAAUUGCAAUCCUAUAUGCACGAAUUUCCUAAACCCUAA